GGCUGAGCGCCCAGGUUCCAGUACAUCUACCAAUAUCAUGGCUGUGUUUCAUGAUCUGCAGGCCUUGGACUUUGUACACCAACAUCCCCUCGUCACCAUUGGUUCUGUUUUAUGUCUUUGGACUCUUGUGCUCGUGACCUACCGAGUCUUCUUCCACCCCCUGUCAAAAUUUCCCGGGCCCAGGCUUGCGGCUGCGACAUACUGGUAUGAAACCUACCACGACGUUUGGCAUAAAGGUGACUACACCUCUCAAAUCGGACGCCUGCAUGAGAAAUACGGACCCAUAAUCCGCAUAAACCCAGAUGAGCUGCAUGUCAACGAUCCCUAUUUCAUCGACACGUUGUACCCCGGUCCCGGGAAGAAACGCGACAUUCCAACCUGGUGGUUACAAGGCACUAAUUUGCAGGGUUCGCAUUUCGGCACCGAAGCGCAUGACUUGCAUCGCGAACGGCGCGGCGCCUUGAAUCGUUUUUUCUCGAGGGCCACUGUGGUCAAAUUGGAGCCGCUGGUUAAAAAGAAUGCCAUCAAGCUUUGCCAGAAUCUCGAAACGAACGCUGGAUCAGAGUCGCCGCUGGAUGCCGCGAACAUUUUGGCAUGUUUCGGCACUGAAGUCAUUAUGCAGUAUAUGUUUGACCGGAGCUAUGGCUACCUGGAUGAUCCGAAGUUCAAGAAGAGCAUGUACAAGGCUAUCCACAGGGCAACGGAGUUUAUGAUCCUCUUCAGGCACUUCCGGAUUUGCGAAACUAUUGUCUUGAAUACGCCUGACUUCAUAAUGGAGUGGCUGGACCCAGACGUUCAAAUUUGGCGGUCCAUGAGACUUGACACACGCAAGCAGAUUCGAACGAUCAAGAAGCAACAGGCUGCAGAGAGCCUGAACGACACGAAAAAAGAAAAUGACGGAAUCCAUACAAUUUUCCACGAGAUUCUCCAAUCCAAUCUUCCGCCCGCUGAGAAAACCACUGAACGUCUGGGAAGAGAAGCCCAGGCCAUCACCGGAGCCGGGCUAGAGACCCUAUCCUGGAGUCUCAGCGUCGACCUGUACCACAUCCUCAGCACGCCCCGCAUCCUGCAGAAACUGCGCGCAGAGCUGCUCGCCGCAAUGCCCGACAUGCCGCCCCUCUCAGCCAUCACCCCCGCCGACCUCCCCUCCUGGACGACGCUCGAGCAGCUGCCCUACCUCAACGCCUGCAUCCACGAGGGCCUGCGCCUGUCCUACGGCCUCGCCACCCGCAUCUCCCGCUCCGCGCCCACCGAGACCCUCACCUACACUUACACACCCCCCGGCGCCACCGCCCCCAAGACGUUCUUCAUCCCGCCCGGCACCCCCGUCAGCAUGACGUCCGUCCAUAUCCAUCACGACCCCCGCAUCUUCCCCGACAGCGACUCGUACAUCCCCGAGCGCUGGCUGGGCCCUGAUGGGAAGAGGGAGCGCCCCGGCCUCGAGCGCUAUUUGCUGAGUUUUAGCAAAGGAACUCGCCAGUGCUUGGGCAUAAACCUGGCGUAUGCGGAGUUGUUCAUCGGCUUGGCUAGCUUGAUUCGCUUCUUGGGCGAUCGCUUGGAGCUCUUUGAGACGACCAAGGAGGACGUCAGGUUUUAUCGAGAUGACUUUGUGCCCGGUGUGAAGCCGGGCAGCAAGGGGGUGAGAGUGUUGGUUAAGUGAGACUGGUUUUCGGGUCACUCUAUGUGGUACACACAGGACUGCUGAGACGCUCAUGCGGCGCACUCGUACCUUCUUUCAAGAGACACCUAUCAGGUAACCUGCAAGAAGAUCGAUUCAUAAACCUUCUAUGCGCUAAGCGCAAGAGCCAUAAUGCAAUGCUUGUUUUCCCGUU